AUGUUAAUGCGCCCAGAAAAGUCGAUGCCAAUACGGACCCUCAUUUCGCUCCUUCAAGUCUACAUUGUUUGUCUUCGAAAACCUCUUAAACUUCGUUAUGAUUCUUUAACACUCUUUAAUAUCAUAUCAGACCUCAUUUUGUCAGCUAUGAUGGAUGGUCGACAAACUAUGAAAUGUCGAUGUUGCCUUCAGAACUCUCUUGCAUCUUAUGGUUCUAUUUGUGUUGAGGCAGUUACACUUUUUGAAAUACGUUUAUUAAAUUUAUUAAACUUCACUAACAUGUCGGUAAAAUGUCGAGAGUUAGCAAUGUAG